UGCCCGCCUGGCUGAAUGGAUGAGCUCCGGGAUGGCUUGGCCCUGCCUGGCUGCGGCACCCGGAAGGCGCUGAGCUCAAACCAGGGAGCCGCGCCGAGCCGAGCCGGCGGCCCUAGACUCGGCCUUUUCCGGGCUCUCGCUCGCUGGGCCGGAGGCGGGAUUCAGCUUGUAAAAAUGGGACGUCGUUCAUCAGAUACUGAAGAAGAAAAUAGAAACAAAAGAAAAAAGAAACACCGUAGACGUUCAUCUUCAAGUAGUUCUUCAGACAGUAGAACAUACAGCCGUAAGAAAUCAGGAAGGAAGUCAAGGUCAAGAUCACGGUCUCGAGAGCUCCAGUCCCGUUCACAUUCUUAUGAAAAAAGACGCAGACAUCGAUCUAGCAGUAGCUCUUCAUAUGGAUCCAAAAGAAAACGCAGUCGUAGUCGAUCGAGGGGCCGAGGAAAAUCCUAUAGGUCUCAGAGAUCAAGAUCAAAGAGUAGAACAAGAAGGUCACGAUCAAGACCACAUCAACGUUCCUAUAGUCGAAGCAGUGAAAGAUCCAGUCAUAGAAGAACUCAUAGCAGAUCUCGUGAAAGAGAACGACGUAAAGGCAGAGAUAAAGAAAAAAUAAAAGAGAAGGAGAGGAGCAGAGGGAAAGAGAAGGAGUUGUAUACCACCAAGCAUGGGGACUCUGGAAACAUCAAAGCUGGAUUAGAACAUCUGUCUCUUGCUGAACAGGCCAAAGCUAGAUUGCAGUUGGUUCUUGAAGCAGCUGCGAAAGCAGAUGAAGCAUUGAAGGCUAAAGAAAGAAGUGAAGAAGAAGCAAAAAAGAUAAAGGAAGAAGACCAAGCCACCCUGGUAGAACAAGUGAAACGAGUAAAAGAAAUUGAAGCUAUUGAAAGUGACUCUUUUGUUCCACAGACAUUCAGAUCAAGUAAAGAAGUCAAAAAGUCAACAGAACCUGGUGAACUAAAAUGUGAACCUGCAACUGUAGGAGUGGGAACUGUCGAUCUGUCUAAUACUGAAAAAGAAAUAGCACCUGGCAACAUUCCUACUGCCAUAAAGUACCAAGAUGAUAACUCUUUAGCGCAUCCAAAUCUAUUCAUUGAGAAGGCAGAAGCAGAGGAAAAGUGGUUCCAGAGAUUGGUUGCUCUUCGGCAAGAAAGGCUGAUGGGCAGUCCUGUGGCUUGAGUGAAUUACAGUGAACAUCAUACAGAAUUUCUUCAUGAAUGCUAAGAAAAUUCUCCUGUAAAAUUUUUUGACUGUUAACAUCUCUUAAAAAGUAAAUGUGAGUUGUAAGGAGAACACAAGUUUCAUCUGAAUGGAGAUACAUGCUUUACUCUCACUCAUUAUCCCCUUUUAUUCAUUGUGAGUUACAUGUAUUCAAUAUUCAGAAUAAUUUGGAUAUAGGUAGCACUUUAGUGAUGAAUGAAGAGAUGAGACUGUCAAAGAACGGGGAAAGGCUUAGGGCCAAAUUUACUAAUGCUGCAGCAGGACGAUAUAAAUUACAUCUCCUGGGGUCAUCAAGGCCUCCUGUUCCCCAAGAGGGAUUCAGCUCAAAGUAGGGCCUGUGGUAGUGCUACUACUGUCUUCCCGGGGAGAAACAGCUUUUAAUCUGGGCUUCUGCAUGCAUCAUGCCAGCAGAGGCUGCUGAAGAGAUGUGCUGAACUGUACAUCCACUGCUGCCCUGGCCCUUACUCUGUUCCUCACCAGUACAACGCAUGUCUUGGGCGGACAAACUAGAAUGAAAAUAUAUGAGGCUGUAUUUUUUAAUAGACAGAAACACUGGGUUUAACUCUACUUUUGCAUCUUCCCACUGCCAUCAUGCUCGUAAAGAUUCAAUAAGCAUGUAUGAUAAAUAGCACUGCUAUCCCUUUUAAACCCAAACGUGCAGAUUUUCAGCUGGUUUCAAGAAAUGCAUUUCAUAAACAGUUUUAAAAUGUUUGGCAUUUUAGAGAGGUCAGCUCUGUGUGUGACCUAUUAAUGGGAAAUGCUUCAUAUAUUGUUGUGUGCACCUGUACAGAAGUAUAUUGAACAAGACUAAAAUUGUCUCUGCAGUUCUCAAAACUAGAUGGAAAGAGUGUUUCAGAAUAUAAGGUUUUCAGGUAUCCAAAUGGCCCUUUAAAACACAUUGCUAAUUGAAAGAUUAGUCACAUCUGGGGUAGCAUUCAAUUUAUGAACAAAUUAAAUCAAAAAUCAUAAUAUUUUUGGUAGAAUGAGGGAAAGCAGUACUAAAGUUUUGGUACCAUUUUUUGUUCCCUCUAGUGAACACCGAUUAGUGUAUUUCAAAACCAAAUCUGAAUUUCCAUUCAUUGUCCAAAAACAUACCAGUCAGCUACAUAAUUAAAUGCAACAAAAGAAAAAAAAGGCUCUUCCGAGGUACCUAACACAUCUGUAGUGAAAAACUUGUGUUAAAGAAGGAGAAAUGUAAACCUAACAUCUAUGGACAAAUCACCUGGAAAUAACUGGCAUCAAGCCAUGGGCAAACGCAGUCACUUUUUCAAUAUUACCUUUCCAUAACCCAGACCUGUUCAAAAAGACAUUAUAGAGAUCUACUUUUGGGUAGAUUAUACCUUUUUUCAGGGGAAAAGGGGGGAUUAAAAUAUGUUGGGAUGCAGUUUUCAUUUUUAACAACAAUGAAAGUCUCACUGGGACAUGUUUAAAAUAAUUGUUUACUUUUAAAUGUAUCAAGUCUCCUGCAACUAAAUGAAGAGAAGCUGCAUUAAUUGUCAGAGAAGCAGUGGUCAAAAUGAGUAUUUUCAAAAGUUCUCUAUUUGGCAUUGUCCUCUUUCUAAUUUACUUGUAUGUCUUUUAUAAACAAUAAUAAUGUUCAAUUUCCAAGCCAUGUUCAGCUCAAAAUUCCUGCAUUAUCCAACAUUGCACAGUUCCAUAAUGUUGUUAAUGUUUUUAUUUUGAAUUAGAUGUAUUUGUUUUAUAAUUGCAUUUUUACAACUUCAGGGUAUUUUGAAAAGUUAUAAAAUCAUUCAGUAAUGGAAAAACUGGGAUGUACCUGUGUAGGCAGGGCUCAUUUGUUACUGAUGAUCAAUCAGUAGUGAAAUAUCAACUGCAAAGUCCAUGUUGAAGCAUAAUAGAGAGCUGGAUCUGGCAUUGGAGGAUGGGAAUAGCUAAAACCUGCAAUAGAAGGAAAAGAAGUUGUUUAAAAUCUUGUGCUGAAGUUCCCCAAACACCAUUUGGGAUGAUGAGCACAUCAUUCUACAGUUAGAUUUUUAUAGCACCAUUUGCAGAUUACUGAUACAGGUAACCAACAAAAUAAUUGUACAGAAUUCUAUAGUUUUAAAUGUACCCUGCUGAAUAGCCCCAAUAGCUAGGUGGAGAGGGCUUUAAAUUAAUUUAAAUGGCAUCUUCUUGUCCUUUAAGACUUAUGAUGCAGUUAAAUGUUAACAGUGCACUGGGUAUCCUGCUGUACCUGACUACUGGGAACAUUCAAAACAUUCAAAAAGUUAAUGGAACUUUGUAAAAUUCUUGUGCCAGUCAUCUUUAAUGCUGUCAGAGGAUGAGCCUGGCAUAUGGUUGCUACAUGGACAUUUGGGAGUCCUCACCAUUUUGGGAUCUUGUCUACACAAGGAAACUUCAUAGCCAUAAUUUACCAGUGAUAUAGCUCCACUUGUAGCAACAGUGGAAGCUUAGUGUAGACUGGACUUGGGCAUUUUUAGAACCUUAGACAAUACAGUAAAAAUACCCAACUCUUGUUUACACUACAAUUUCCACCGUUACUACAAUCAGUAGUGAAUUACCAAGUUUGCUAGUAAGGCACGAUCUUGGAUGGUGGUGAACUCACUCUGCGUGCUGAGUCUGCUUCUAAAUAGGCAAGUAAAGUUUGCUUAAGGACAGAGUCUGAAUCCUUGGGGUCUUAAUAGUUGAAUAUUGUGGACAUGACUUAAGACUAGACUGCAUGAUUGAGGUUGUGUAAACUUCCCAUAUCCUAUUUGUCUUGCAUUUACUGAAUAAUGUUCUAUGAAUGAUUAAAUAAAUUAUUCAUUUUCCUGUCAAUGUAAGGCAGACACUUCAGCCAGCAGAAAUAAUACAUGUGGGCAGACAAUAACAUUAGAAAUAAAUAUUGGUCUAUUACUAACUGUGAAAGAAUAAGGAGAACUUUGAAAAUCUUACUGAUUAAAACCAUUUUACAAGACUGGUCCCAAUAUAAAUAUAUCCAAAAUAUAGCUAUAAUCAACAAAAGUUUGGUUUGUGAGCCAUUGUCAGCUGAGGGAAAAACUAAAUAUGCUUCCAAAUCAGACAGGCUGGCUAUGAAUUCAGAUGCACCAGGCACAAUGUGGACAUGAAAAUCAAAUCAAUGAACACAAAUUAAGGUCUUUAAUAGGCCAAAAAAUAAGUUCUUGCUAACUAGCUCUCCCCGUGUGCUUCUUUCUUUUCCUGCUACCAGUCAGGGAUCAGGUCAUAUCUAUACCUGCCCCCAUGGCCUCACUUCCUUGAAAUCCUAAAAGGCACCUUUCAUCCUGAACCUUACAAAUCACCAUUGAGAGCUUCAGUUUCCUUUGCUGAUCUACUUUCCUCUCUGUUUUAGUUCCUUAAUGCUGCUUGUGGGGGUGGAAUGGGUUCAGGACUGAGAAAGGAAAAGAGAAUUGUUUUUUAAAUAACCCUAACUAAAUUAAACCAUAAGAAUUCUUGGUGAAUUGUUAUGUCUCCUGACUCUAAUCUUACAUGCACUUCUGAUGACUCUUUAUCACCCAUGAUUUGUGACAAUAGUUCAUGUAUGCUGGUCUGUACUUAUUUUUUUCUCUUGUUCUGCCUUUUGGUUACAAUAAACAAUGUGAUGUGAUUACA